GGGCGAAUAUCUGUCAAAAUGGUGUUAUCUUGUAUACAUGUAUAGCCUUGCAAGAGAACGAUGGAUGCUAAGGAUGGUUCCGCGGACUAUGCAUGGCUACUUUCUCAGGCUCGUGUAAUAUCGUAUCAUCUGGCCAGAAGUUGCAGCUGCAAUGCAUGGAAUUAAGCUGUUUAAUUCGAGUCCGCAUAUCGCAUUUGGUGCCCAUGACCAUUUCACAUGACCAUCGACAUUCCUUCGAAUCUUCUUCCCGAAGUCAGAAGCGCUCUGAACUUUGGGUUGGGCUUUAUGUAUAAGACACUUUAUCGCCCAAAGGCCUGACUUGGAUUACUGAGUCCGUCCACUCUCCUUCCAUUCAUAUCCGCAACAGCCAUAAUUGUGCAGGUCGUGAAACCUACCAGUCAUUUACCCGCCCCCUCGGUAACUCAACCCACGCACAAUACGGACGGCGCCUCGAUGUCUGUGCGGUCUUUCACCCUAAAGGCCCCUAAAGAUAUGUUCCCUCGUGGCCAAAACGUGUCAGCUAUCUACGUUUUCAGUUAGACUCAUCUCGGUCUUCCUCUCUUCUCCAGCUUUAGCUUCCGAAUUGCGGAUCUACAAUCACCAAUAUAAAGCCUCCCGUCAACAAGGCAAUGGCUUGCACACCCUUCGUUCAUCCCUAUAUCCUUCGUCUCAUUGACUGAAAUCUUGGCUCCUGACGGUUUAUGUGAUAAACCGAGUGUUAUCUCUUCGGCCCCUUGUAGGGAAAUCUACUGUGACAUUCGAAACUCAUCAGUUAUGUCAGUUGGCAUGUAUCCAACAACCGCACCUGUCGUAGGAGUCACCUUCGCCGAGCCAUCUGCCACAAACCAUUCCAUAGCAGAGAUUUUAGAGGAACAAUUUGCGUUUGCGCGCAUAAAUGGAGACGUAUGUCUUGUGCAAUUUACGAACGUAUCACCUUUCUCACCUACAAUAUCAGUAAACAUCUUCCGUCAUGAGUUCAUUACCAUCUUUCGGUACUCGCACAGUACAUGUGCGGCGCAGGCCUCCGUGAGGAUAUUUCAAGUCCUUGAUGCAAGGGGCAUCAGGUACGAGGAAGACAGCGGGACUGUGUUCCUAGCCAAAGAUCUUGUGGAGCGACUGAGAUGGAUCACGGAGAGGCGGUCCAGAAAGGCUAGCGCGUCGAGAGCGUGUCCAGUGCAGGCCAGACAUUGGGGUUAGAGGGGGUCGCGUUCACGAGUUGAUGAUCAUAUGCUAUAGCUCAUCGUUUGGAAUAUCUAUUAGAUUCGUAUUUUGUUUACAUACCAGCAUUCAGCAUAAUGACACGGGAAGAUUAGACUCCACAUACCCGAUAUUAAACCCGUGGUAUACGGACCUUCAAUAAACGUCUGUAAAAAU